AUGCACCCAAUCUUAGACUACGUCUUGUCUAUUCACUACCUGCCGACUGGCUCGUCGGUGCUGCUGUCGUGCCUUGCGGCGGCAUGGGGGGUGGAUUGGAAGACAUGCUUCGUGAUGACGUGUGUGGGUUCACUUGUGACGUGCGCCGUCUUCUACGUUCAGCCCUUGCAGUGCUUUUCCCCACUCGGGGGAAACUUCAAUGUGGGCACGCGAGAGGUAUGUGGUGACCGAGGUGCCAUGAAGCCUCCCGUCACCGUCGUCUACCCGACGCCUAGCGGCACGCCGCGGAGUGGCAUUCAGUACGUUCCAUUUGGCGACCGCGGGUACCUGGUUGGGAUGGCCAGUUACACUAAAGUUCCCUACGUACUGGUGAAGGACCUUUGCCUUCUGCGCAGGAAGAUGCGGUCCAACGCGGAUCCGGCGCCGCUCUUCCAGCGCGAUGGCAUCCCACGUCCGAUGAUCUUGUUCAGCCAUGGUCUUGGCGGGUUUCCGCACUUGUACAGCACUCUGCUAAUGGACCUCGCUGCGCGCGGGGCCAUCGUGUUUGCUGUCUCGCACAUGGACGGCAGCGCUGCCUACUGCCGUGACGCCGGGAGGGACCUUCGCGUUCCGCUGAACACCCAGAUAGGCUGGACCACCGAGGAUCGCGCUCCGCAGCUAGAGGUUCGCAUCCGAGAGACCCUCAACACAAUCAAGCGCAUCCGCAACGGCGAGCUACUGCUCGCCCUGGGGUACGACAGGAAGACGGUGGACACGUACAUCGCAAUGGAGCCGCGCGUUCACCUCGUUGGGCAUUCGUUUGGCGGUGCGACGUGUCUGGCGGCGGCCCUGAAUGACACGCAAGACGCGAGUGAAAGGGGUGGAGUGAGCAGCAUCGCCAGCACUGUCGUCUACGACCCGUGGAUGAUCCCUCUGCGAAAGACGAUGUUCUACGACAAGCUCACCGACAAGAAGCAAUCGGUCCACUUCACCACCCCAACGCUGCAGGUCUUCUCCGAGGAGUGGGUGAGGAGCAAGGAGCAGCACGCUUUCUUCGAGGAGGUCAAGGCCAUUGUCGAUGCGCAGCCGCGCACGACAGAGGAGAGCGCUCUUGUGGCAGCAGUCGACGCCAAGCUGAAGGUGAUGAGGACGUCAUGGUACACGAUGAAGGACUACCGCGGCACUGGGCACUUGUCGUGCACGGACGUCUCAUUGUUCAGUCCGGUGUUGUACCGCGCAGCUUACAUGACGGCAUCACCGCGAGGCUCCAUUGUGGCGCUCGCAGCAGACACACUGCUGUUCAUUGAAAAGGUCUCCGGCCCGUUGCCUCUCGAUACCAAACUUCUCAACAACUCGGCGCUCGCCGCUACGCCGAAGGCGUAA